UGAGCCCAAUGUGUAUCAAUUUACAUAACACUUUGAAGAAAUCGUGCUUUUAACGAUUUAUUCGAACACGGUAAAGCCAGCCCUACAACAAGCCUGCAAAUUCCAGUUUUCUCUUCAUAUCCAUUCCUGUCGCCCCUCUCUCUCUCUCUCUAGAUAAAUAAUUAAGGAAAGAUGGGGAUCAUAGAAAAGAUUAAAGAAAUUGAAGCCGAGAUGGCUCGGACUCAGAAAAAUAAAGCCACAGAAUAUCAUUUGGGUCAGCUCAAGGCUAAGAUAGCAAAGCUGAGGACACAACUGUUGGAGCCUCCAAAAGGGGCUAGUGGAGGCGGUGAGGGCUUUGAAGUUUCAAAAUACGGGCAUGGCCGUGUCGCACUUAUAGGUUUUCCCAGUGUUGGAAAAUCAACACUUUUGACUAUGUUGACGGGAACACAUUCAGAAGCUGCAUCAUAUGAGUUCACCACACUUACCUGUAUACCGGGUAUUAUUCACUAUAAUGACACAAAAAUUCAGCUGCUUGAUCUUCCUGGAAUUAUAGAAGGUGCAUCUGAAGGAAAAGGUCGUGGUAGGCAGGUAAUUGCGGUUGCCAAAUCAUCUGAUCUUGUAUUGAUGGUUCUGGAUGCCUCCAAAAGUGAAGGGCAUCGGCAAAUCCUAACAAAGGAAUUGGAAGCAGUUGGCUUGCGUUUAAACAAAACCCCACCUCAAAUAUACUUCAAAAAGAAGAAGACUGGGGGAAUUUCUUUCAAUAGUACGUUACCGUUGACUCAUGUGGAUGAGAAGCUUUGCUAUCAAAUAUUACACGAGUACAAGAUUCACAAUGCUGAGGUUUUGUUUCGUGAAGAUGCGACCGUGGAUGAUUUGAUAGAUGUUAUUGAGGGCAACCGCAAGUACAUAAAGUGUGUAUAUGUCUACAACAAGAUAGAUGUUAUUGGUAUUGAUGAUGUGGACAGAUUAGCUCGACAGCCCAAUUCAAUUGUCAUUAGUUGCAAUCUGAAGCUCAAUCUGGAUAGACUGCUCGCAAGAAUGUGGGAAGAGAUGGGUCUUGUUAGAAUAUAUACAAAGCCUCAAGGCCAGCAACCAGAUUUUGCAGACCCGUGUGUCCUUUCUGCUGGUAGAGGUGGUUGCACUGUUGAAGAUUUUUGUAAUUACCUUCAUCGGAGCCUGGUAAAAGAAGUUAAGUAUGUGCUAGCGUGGGGCACAAGUGCAAGGCACUACCCUCAGCAUUGUGGUCUUAGUCAUAUUCUUAAUGAUGAAGAUGUGGUACAAGUGGUUAAGAAAAAGGAGAAAGAAGAUGGAGGUAGAGGGCGAUUUAAAUCACACACAACAGGUCCUGCUCGUAUUUCUGACCGAGAAAAGAAGGCCCCUUUAAAAACAUGAAGUGGUGCUGUAAAAAAUAUUCUUCAAGUGGAUUCUCCCGCACGCGCCCCUUCUGGUGCCCAUCGUCCCGUCUCCAUCGCUCGACCGUCCGCGGACAUCCAGUGGAGAGGGAUGCCUACUGCGCCUCCUCCUCCACACUACGGAGCUGUGGAUGCUUUAAGAAGCAUGGAGCAAGGUUGAGUAAGAAUUUGCAUUAUUAUUGUGUAUAUAUUUUUUAUGAGGUACUAUCAUAUUUUAUUCAUGUGGUUUAAUGAUGCAUUUUACUCACCAUUAACUUAAUUGUUGUGGCAAGGUUAAGGUUGUUGAUUUAACUAUACAAGAGAUGGAUAAUUCAUUUUUUUAAGCUAGAACUGACUUACUAAGAUGUAUAGCAUGUCUUGAUCUGAGAAAAUUCUCUCUCAAUUCAAUGAUCAUCAAGUCGUGCAUCUU